AUGGAAAACACUGGAGAGACUAAGAAAAGCGAAGAAGACAACCAAGGAGACGAAAGGCAGCAACAAAACUCACCAACUGAAUCUCAAAAGACAGUUUCGGAUGAUGAUGAAAUCGAUUACUCAGUAGAGCCGGAGUUUUAUGACCCGGAACUUGACGACAAAGACGAGUUAUGGGUUAAAAAGAGAAGGAAAGGCCCUAAUUCUGAUGCUGUCCUCACCUGCCCUGCUUGCUUCACAACCCUUUGUUUGGAUUGCCAAAGGCAUGAAAAAUAUCUGACCCAGUACCGAGCAAUGUUUGUGGUUAAUUGUAAGAUUAUACAUGAGCAAGCAUCACAACCUGGAAAUAAACGGAAAAGGGGACGGAAACAAAGAAACUCUGCCGAAGCUGCGGCUGAGUCUUCUACUGGAGAAAUUGUUAAGCCUGUGCAGUGUGCAGUAUGUUCAACACAGGUUGGAGUCCUUGACGAAGAAGAGGGGAUUAGAUGUAUUUCUAUGGAACAAGGUUUAAAACCUCGUCCAAAACAUAAUACUUCCCCUUUGCCUAAACCCUUGGAAAAUGAGCAGGUUGUGGUUGGGAAGGAGUAUCGUACGGUAGUGGGAGAUGUAGAUUUCAGCUCUGGGAUUUGUGGUAAAAUAGAGAAAAUGGUUUCUCAUGGGUUGUUUAGGGAUGCCCUUGAAUUGUUUGAGAUCCUAGAAUGCAAAUCUGGUGAGAGUAACGUGGGUAUAAGUACUUAUGAUGCCCUGAUUCGCGCUUGCAUCGGGUUGAAAUCAGGCCGCGGAGUUAAAAGAGUGAUGAAUUAUAUGCAUAUUUGUGGUGUUAAGCCAGAUCAGUACUUGAGCAAUAGGUUGCUGUUGAUGCAUGUGAAAUGUGGUAUGAUGAUGGAUGCACUGAGGUUAUUCGAUGACUUGCCUGAAAGAAAUGUGGUUUCUUGGAAUACAAUAAUUGGGGGGCUUUUAGAUUCUGGGGAUUACCAUGGAGCAUUUGGGAUGUUUUUGAUGAUGUCGGAUGAAUAUAUUUCUCCUGAUUCACGGAUGCUUGCGAUGAUGAUUCGAGCAUCUGCUGGUGUGGGAUUGAUCGCUCCAGGAAGACAGUUGCAUUCUUUGGUUGUGAAGAUGGAUGUCGAAGAUGAUAUCUAUGUUUCUUGUUCUUUGAUUGACAUGUAUAGCAAGUGUGGUAGCAUUGAUGAUGCAAGGGAAAAUUUCUUCUUCCACACCAUCAAAUUUUGUGUCAUGAAAGCUGCAGUUUAA